CGUUCAGCACCGCGGACAGCGGCGGAGAAUGAGGCUGGAGAUGCGGCAGAGCCGGGAGAGGGACAGGGAAACCGGGGGACCGGGGAAACGAGGGUUAGCACGGCCCAAGGCACCUGCUCUCACCGGUCCCGGCCCCGCCGUGCCUCUUUGGUGGGCGUCAGACAAGAACCGGAGCCCGAGACCGGCGAGAACGGGCUCUGCCGCUCCCCCCCCUUCCCUCAACCCCGUCCCGCCGCCGGGUGCCCGCUCCCCGCCGCUCCGGUGCCCCCUGUCCCCCGCCCCCGCCGCCCGGUGCGUGCCCGGCGCUGACGUCAGCCCGGGCUCCCGGGCCGAUAUAACCCCGGGCCGCGCCGCCGGCUCUGCUCCCGCGGGACGGAUCGCGCUCGCUGCGCCGCCAGCACCGGCAGGAACAGGGCACGGGCACAGCGCACCGGGUGCGGAGCGACCGAGGAUGCGGCGGGCGCUGCUCACCCUCCUGCUGCUGCUCGCCCGCCCGCCGCCCGCCGCCGCCCGCCCCGCCACCACCGACGGCUCCAUCCUGGCGGCCGGCACCGGGGAUCAGGACCAGCCGCUCUGGCCGCCGCUGGCGCCGCCGCCGCCGGGGCCGUGGCGAGGGCGGCGGGACGAGCCGCCGCUCUCCAUCGACCUCACGUUCCACCUCCUGCGGCACCUCCUGCUGCUCGCCCGCGCCCAGAGCCAGCGCGCCCGCGCCGAUUCCAACCGCCGCAUCCUCGACGCCGUGGGGCGCUGAGCCCCCCGGACCCCCCGGAGACCCCGAACCCCCCGGAACCCCGGGGCUGCACCGGCCUCCAGCCGCCGCCUCGGCCUCUGCACUGUCGGGCGCUCGGCACCAACACCGGCACGGGCUGAACCCGC